UGUGUCCUCCUACACUAACAGGACAUUGGUAUCAUGAAAUUCUGAAUUAUACUGACACAUUGAAGCCCCUUUUAUAUUCUGGUAAUCCGAAAGACCGGGACAGGUUACGACCGAAGUUAUCUAGUUAUGACGUGGUUAUUAUGUCAUAUGACAUAGUGCGUAACGAUAUAGAGGAUUUAGCCAACAUUCAUUGGAAUUACUGCAUUCUUGAUGAAGGUCAUGUGAUCAAAAAUGCUGUCAAAACUGUGAAAGCGAAUCACAGGUUAAUACUUUCAGGGACACCUAUUCAGAACAAUGUACUGGAGUUGUGGUCCCUCUUUGAUUUUUUGAUGCCUGGGUUUUUGGGCACUGAAAAACAAUUCAAUGAAAGAUUCGGAAAGCCUAUUUUGGCUAGUAGAGACAGUAAGAGCUCGUCUAGGGAACAAGAGGCUGGUGCCCUUGCUUUAGAGGCUCUUCAUAAACAAGUAUUACCAUUUUUGCUUCGUAGAUUGAAAGAGGAUGUUUUGAACGAUUUGCCUCCGAAAAUUAUCCAAGAUUAUUAUUGUGAACUCAGUGAUCUACAGAAACAACUUUAUGAACAAUUUGCUAAAUCGCAAGCGAAGAGUAAUGUUGAUUCUGAACUUGAUUCUGAACGUAUGGAGGAAGAUGGCGAAAAGAAAACAACACACAUUUUCCAGGCAUUACAAUAUUUGCGUAAAUUAUGUAACCAUCCUUUACUUGUGGUUAAUGAAAAGCACCCGCAGUAUCGCGCGGUAAUGGACAAGCUUAAGGCUAGCAAGUCAUCUCUGCAUGAUUUGGAGUAUGCCCCUAAGCUCCUUGCUUUAAAACAAUUGCUUCUGGAUUGCGGUAUUGGAGUAACAACAGAAUCUGAGGAUGAUACGCUAGGAGUUGGUGCUGUAAGUCAGCAUCGGGCCCUAAUAUUCUGUCAACUUAAAAACAUGUUAGAUAUCAUUGAGAAAGAUUUGUUUGCUCCAUUCAUGCCAUCUGUUACCUAUAUGCGUCUUGAUGGCUCAGUAGAUGCAAACAAACGCCAUGGGAUAGUACAAAAAUUUAAUAACGAUCCUUCAAUUGACGUCCUACUAUUAACAACCCAUAGUAUGGAUACUGAGCAGAUUCUCGACUUAUUCAACGUGACCUCUGACAAGAGUGCUCAAAAAGGUGCAAAAAAUUUAAAUGCUGGUGGAAGUGGUUUUGGAUCAAAAGGAAAGAAAGUCUCGCCAAAAAAUAUUAUCGACGGACUGGAAAAUCUUUGGGAUGACUCUCAAUACGAAGACCUCAAUUUAGAUAAUUUCAUAGAAUCUCUUAAUUCUGGUUCUUAA